AAUAUAAGGGUUUUUAAUAAUUGGGGAAACGCGGCUGCAAGAGAGGAUCUUCCUUCGGAGAAAUAAUUGGGUUGGGGGCAAUGACGUCCUCGGAGGAGAAGGAAGCUUCAGGCUCCACCCCUAAUCGCAAAGUAUCAUGCACUGCUAACUUCGACGCGCUCUGGUUCUGCUACUCGCCGGUUCAUCAAAUGCAGCAGUAUUACAGGCUUGGCGUUCUUGACAAUUGUUCCCGUCAAUGGAAAGCCAUGGUUGAUUGCUUAAUGCUCAAGACCAAACCCUCAUCUGAAGUCCAGGAAAUUCUGGAAACUCAAGAGAAAUCAAAGUCAAAGUCACACAUCUGGACAUUUCGGACACCAGAAGAAGCUUCUUACUACUGGAAAGAACUCUAUGGUCAUUUAGACGACGAGCCUGAAUGAUGAAAGUAAAAUUGUGCAAUUAAAUGUUAUUUAGUACCUUCUGAUUUUGCCAAAUGUCAUGAUUAGGAUGAGACAAUUAGAGAUCAAAGGACCAUGAAAGAAUACAAAUUACUGACCAAGUCAAUUAUUCUCGAAA